AUGGUGCAAGCCAAAGCAGCAGCGUCACCCAACCCCUCGCCUUCAUCGUCCACCUCGUCCCGAUCACGCCCUACGUCCAUUGCUGCUCAUCCUCCUGCCAUCGUACCUUUGGAGCCGGAGGAGCUGGAAGAUAACCGCUUCUAUCGGUACAUCCGCUCGCACUUUAACCUGAUCUUUUCUCGCUCUACUGUCGUAUGCGUGCCUCACUCACGGUCCCUGGAAGGACUCAUACUGACAAAGGAUUUCAUUGAAACGCACUGCUACAAUACCUCGCCGUACUAUAAGGAGCAGUACCAAGCAGCGAAUGGCAAAGUGAUUGCGAUUGAGAUUCCGCUGCUAAGUACGGUCUCUGGCUUCAAAGAGCCGAGGACGCUGCAUGUCAUGGCCGAGGAAUUGGUCUACAUUGGACGGAAAAAGAUUCGAGUGCUGAUGAUUGAACGUCCCUUGGAAGGAGAAGCUCCUGUAUGGUUGCAUCCUGUCCCAAACACGAUAUCGAUCCCAACCGCUCGAAACUCCAAAACCGACCUGGACUUUCUCAACAUGUUUCCCGAAAACGCGGAGGCCAUGCACGAGCUUCAGUUGACGGUGCAGAAGUUUGUAGAUACGUAUGUGUACAUUCGAGGAUUCAACGCAUACACGGUGGAGAAGAUCCAGCACAUGUAUAUAAAAACAUACAAGACUAUCCUUCAAAGAAAUAAGCUCCUACGCGAUGCUUGCAGAUUGCAGACUGAGCAUGAUCAUUUUUUGGAACUAGUGGAAAACGUCGUCAUGGGAUUCUUGCACGAAAAGAUUUGGGUCCAGUCAUUGCGUUCCAUCUUACAUUCCCAAGACAACUAUCUCGACUCCAUCUGCAGAGCCUAUGCCCGGGAAACCAUCACGCUGAACCGGUACGCUGUGAGCCAUCCGAUGGCUAAUAUGUCGCUCGAAUGCUUCGAGGCAGCUAUCGUGUGCUUGCGCCGCGUUGAUACCGACAUUGCACCUCCGAUAUCCGUCUCCAUCGACGAAGAGCGGCCGUCGGGACCCUUCCCCGCAGCAUCCGACCAGCUGGCGUUUACCCCGCUAGAAAAGCUUACAUGCAUCCGCACAGUCUUGGAUCUAAUUACUGAGGCCGUGUCGACCUAUAUCAAGAGCACUUCUGUCAACAUGGUGCCUGAUGGUAACUGA